CGAACACACUUGUCUUAAAUGCACACCAAGUUUGCACACACAGACACACAGGCGCGCGCGCAUCCGCACCAGCACCAGCACCACGACGCGUUCCUCCCGAGUCCCGCCGUCCCGCGCCAUCACAUCAGCAUCACUGGCCGCCUGCGUCCGCUCGCAACUGCAGCGGAGAGGGAAGGAGGCGCAGAGGCCAGGCGGGGCGGGGAGAAACCGAGAAAGCCACAGCAGCGCAGCUGCCUUGCCACGCUCUCGCGCCCGUGAAGCGGGGGGUGACGUGACGACUGAGGAGGCGGUGGGCGGCGGUGGUCCAGCCACCGCGGGGUUACGGCGGCGGGGCGCGGGCGAAUGCCGGCCGUCUCAACGGCGGAUCGGCCUGUGUCCCCCCCUUGGAGCGAUUCCUGGCGCCGUUGGCCCUAGGCGGUGACUGCGAGGUCCGAUCCUGAGGCGGGCGGCGACUCCGAGAGCGCGGGCGGCCAGGUGCCCACUGCCCAGUCUUGGUGACGCCGCGAGAAGGUCGGAAAUUCUCUCCUUCCCGGCGUCGUCAUCCCCGUUGGUUUCCCUUUAACUCCGCCCUGGGUCGCCGGUCGACGCCGAGCCGAGCGGAGGCGCGCGCCGCGGGAGGGAACCAAAGCUCGCCUCCGCCUCCGGGAUUCCAACCUGGGAUGGCUUUCUUGCAACUUGCGAGGAGUGAUGCACAUGCACUGAUGAGGACUGUUGGAUUAUAACUGGUUUCUUCUUCCAGCCCAUCCCAACAAAUGUGGCAUCUCAAGCUGAUAGCUUUUCUUUAUGGCUCUCUUUUCUUUAUGCACCUUCCAUAUGCUAGAGGUUCUGACCUAAACACCGAUAAGCAGGCCCUUCUUGCAUUUGCUGCAUCACUGCCUCAUGGCAGAAAGGUCAACUGGACCUCCACAACCCAAGUCUGCACAUCCUGGGUUGGCAUUACAUGCACACUGGAUGGGACACGUGUGCGGGAAGUCCGACUACCUGCAAUAGGGCUUUUUGGUCCUAUCCCAUCGGGCACACUUGGCAAGCUUGAUGCCUUGGAGGUGUUGAGCCUUAGGUCAAACCGUCUUACUAUUAAUCUCCCUCCUGAUGUACCAUCUAUUCCCUCGUUGCGUUCUCUUUAUCUUCAACACAAUAACCUGUCCGGAAUUAUACCAAGUUCACUAUCUUCCAGUCUAACAUUCUUAGACCUGUCCUAUAACUCAUUCAAUGGAGAAAUACCAUCGGAGGUGCAAGCCAUCACUGAACUGACAGCAUUGCUUCUCCAGAACAACUCUCUUUCUGGACCCAUCCCUGACCUUCGCCUCCCCAAGUUGAGACAUUUGGAUUUGAGCAACAAUAACCUGAGUGGACCUAUACCACCCUCCCUGCAGAAGUUCCCAGCUACUUCUUUUCUGGGAAAUGCCUUUCUGUGUGGAUUUCCAUUGGAACCAUGUCCAGGGACACCAGCUCCUUCUCCGUCGCCUCCAUCGCCCCAAAAUGGCAAAAGAAGCUUCUGGAAAAAACUCAGCCGUGGUGUCAAAAUUGCAAUAGCUGCUGGAGGAGGGGCUGUAUUAUUAAUUUUGAUCCUCAUCCUCUUGGUAUGCAUCUUCAAAAGAAAGAGAGAUGCAGAGCAUGGCGCAGCAUCAUCUUCAUCCAAAGGAAAGUCUAUUGCAGGUGGAAGGGGAGAAAAAUCCAAGGGGGAAUACAGCAGUGGUGUUCAAGAAGCGGAGAGAAACAAACUGUUUUUCUUUGAGGGAUGUUCAUAUAAUUUUGACUUGGAGGAUCUGUUGAGGGCUUCGGCUGAAGUUCUUGGAAAAGGAAGUUAUGGGACUACCUACAAAGCUGUUCUGGAGGAUGGAACAACAGUGGUGGUCAAGAGGUUGAAGGAAGUGGUGGCGGGAAAGAGGGAAUUUGAACAACAGAUGGAGCUAAUUGGCAAGGUUUGCCAGCAUCAGAACACUGUCCCAUUGCGUGCUUACUACUACUCCAAGGACGAGAAGCUCUUGGUGUAUGACUAUGUCCCAUUAGGUAGCCUUUGUGCUGCUUUGCAUGGGAAUAAAGCUGCUGGAAGAACCCCAUUGGACUGGGAGACCCGAGUGAAAAUAGCUCUGGGCGCUGCACGCGGGAUGGCUUAUCUUCACGCUGAGGGUGGCGGGAAGUUCAUUCACGGGAACAUCAAGUCAAGUAACAUCCUUAUCUCACAGGAACUCAGCGCCUGCGUCACUGAGUUCGGCCUUGCCCAGCUCAUGGCCACGCCCCACGUCCACCCACGGCUCAUCGGGUACCGCUCACCCGAGGUCCUCGAGACGAGGAAACCGACGCAGAAAUCCGACGUCUACAGCUUCGGCGUCCUCCUCCUCGAGAUGCUCACGGGUAAAGCCCCUCUCAGGUCCCCCGGGCGUGAUGAUUCCAUCGAGCACCUCCCCAGGUGGGUGCAGUCCGUGGUCCGGGAAGAGUGGACGUCGGAGGUUUUCGACGUCGACUUGCUAAGGCACCCGAACGUCGAGGACGAGAUGGUCCAGAUGCUCCAUGUCGCGAUGGCAUGCGUUGCAGUUGUCCCCGACGAGCGGCCUCGGAUGGAGGAGGUGGUCAGCAGGAUCGAGGAGAUCCGGAGCUCCUACUCGGAGACGAAGACGUCCCCGGAGGACAAUCCCAGGGAGGGCGCUUUCUAAAUCACUGAUGAGUAGCAAGCAGCACAUCAGUAACAAUCCAUUGCCAUCUACAGAAAGUAGUUUUGACAGCUCUGUGUUCAGUGUGUGUCCAGUGAAGCUUUGCAGUCAGUUGUUUCCUGAUCAUUCUUUGGUAAUCUUUUUUUCCUGUUCUUGGUUCCAUGAUGCUAGCCCUGGAACCCUGGUGGGGGUCUCAUUUCAUUAAUUAGCUCUGCUGAUUAUCGUAGGGUGUUAUUUGUCGAUCGUGCCAGGCAGCCCAAUAACUCUUUCAAGUUUGAUUUAUUGAAUGGGCAUAUGUUUUUGCCACUUUCCUGUGCCUUAUAUACACCCUAAUUGUUGAAUCAUGAGUCAUGAUUAUGCUAUUCACUUUCCGAACAUCUUAAUCUCUUGUAGAUAGGUGCAUGAUUCACUUUGAGUUCACACUU